AUGAGCGUUCAGAAUAUAGCCACCGAUUCGUCGACACAGGACAGCGCUGGACCUAGCCGACCUCGUCAGGUGUAUCCUCGUGGUCAAAACCCCAAAUUGCGAUACGAACCCUUCUAUUGGUGGCCUUACAGGACCUAUGUGAAGGAGCGUUGGAUCGGUCGAGAGUUGCUCGAGGUGAUCUCGACGGAAUUCAGAGAUAGAUCGGUGGAUUAUUAUCGACACGCAUUGGAAUCUGGUGUGACGACGGUCAAUGGAGUCAGGGCAGGACCCAAUUUUGUGUUACGGAAUGGUGAUCGUAUAGACAAUACUGUACAUCGACACGAACCGCCGAUAACGAACGACGAGAUACCUAUUAUCCAUCUGGACACUGAAAGGGAAUUCGUGGUCAUUUCGAAACCCGGUAGCAUCCCCGUUCACGCCACUGGAAGGUACUUUCGGAACACCGUACUGGAACUCAUGAAGUCGGAGAAAGGCAUGACGGUUUAUGCUGUCAACCGCUUGGAUCGAUUGACAUCUGGGCUGAUGAUCCUGGCAUUAUCAUCUAAGCGGUCCCAGACAUUGGCCCUCGAGUUUAGGGAUGGAAACGUCAAGAAAGAGUACAUCGCGAGAGUCCGUGGCGAGUUUCCAGAGGGCGUCGUCGAGGUCGAUCUACCGCUCUUAGGAGUCGACAGGCAGAUGGGCCUGGUGAUCGUGACGCCAGAGGGCAAGGAAGCAAAGACCUUAUUCCGUAGACUAUCAUAUGACCCCGAACGGGAUGAGAGUGUUGUGCAUUGUCGGCCUUUGACAGGGCGAACACAUCAAAUCCGGGUACACCUCCAGUACAUUGGCUAUCCCAUCGCAAAUGAUCCUCUUUACAGCCACGCAUCGAUUUGGGGGCCUGAGAUGGGCAAAGGCGGCGUCGACCUGGUUCCUCAUGAUCCCACUGCCAAGGCCCGAGGUCUGGCGGCCCGCGUCGUCGAAGUGAGGCAGGGAGCAGGCGAGUCGAGCGAUCUCCACGGACCUCUGGCUUCGACAUUGCUCAAGGAUGAAGAUCGAGAUCUGAUGAACCUUGACAUUACGAGUCCCAUUCCCUUGAGCAAACAGGCGAGGGAUAUCAUCGUCAAGCUCAGGCGACUAAAGGAUGAAUCGGAAGCUUGGGCAAAGUGGAACGACGUCGUUUUCCGAGCCAAGGAGGCUCAGGACAAGUUUGAACAGCACGAAGAUGAAGAAGCAGAAUCGGUCGAUGCCAGUGGAAAACCAGCACGACGCAAGAAGAAAUCUCAUCCUCGACCCGAGACGACAAGAAGUAAGAAUCACAUAGAACCUCUUCCGCCCGGUGUCCCAUCUCCCCUGCGGCGACCGGAAUACGUCCCUGAAGGUUUCUGUGAAGAAUGUUACGUCCCAUUGGCGGAUGAUCCAGAUCCUGAAACAUUGUUCAUCUAUCUACACGCCGUACGGUACACGACGGAAAAAUUGGGCGCCUGGCAAACGCCACUACCACGCUGGGCGGGCAGGGACUGGCAAGGUGAUUGGAGAGGUUGGUCGGAACAUGCUGCUCCGGAUGCGUUCGAUGUGGUCCAAGGCGAUAUCAAGGUGAAUCUAGAGUCGCCGUUGGUGUAA